AUGCCGACACUCCCGCCUCUCUCCCCGGAUAAAACUCCGGUUGAUCAUGAACCAAAAAAACUUUCCCUUACUCGCAGACUAAGUUUAUUAUCCAUGUUCUGUCUCGCUCAGUUACUAGAUGGCUUCAAUAUUUCAGCUCUCUUCUCCGCAAUCCCUGCGCUCGAGGUAUCCAUGGGUAUGACUGAAAGUCAAUCCACUUGGGUCAUCAGUGCAUUCCAAUUGACCUUCGCAUCUUUUCUGCUUAUCGGCGGUCGCAUUAGCGACGUAUACAACCCAAAAAUUGCGUUUAUUGGGGGUGUAUCUGGUCUUUGUGUCAUCUCGCUGUGCGCUGGGUUUGUUAAGGAAAUCAUUCCACUCAUUACCCUCAGAGCGUUGACUGGAAUAGCUUCUUCAAUGACGAUCCCCUCUGCCCUGACACUCCUGGUCAAAGUAUUUCCCGAGCCGCUUGAACAAGCACGGGCAAUAGGGAUAUUUGGAGGCUGCGGCGGUGUUGCUAACGUCCUCGGUCUCCUAAUUGGUGCAAUGUUCGUCGAAUGGAUAUCUUACCAGUGGGUGUUCUGGUUUUCAGCCAUCGUGGCUGGGCCAGCGGCUCUGGCGUGUGUCUUCAUCAUACCAUCAGAAAUUUCAAACAGCACAGACAAUCUUGAGCCUGCAGCAGAGAAAUGGAAGAGCCUUGACUUAGUCGGCGUAAGCAUCCUCACUAGGUAUAAAUUUGCAGCGUACUCCGCUUCCCAUCGCUCACGAGCUCCGAUAGUUGCUUUGAUUUUGUUCAUCUUCGCUGUGACAUCUGGCUCCACUAAUGGCUGGGCAUCCACAAAAGUGCUGGUCCCGCUGAUCAUAUCCAUCUUAGUGGUAAUCGGGUUUUUCUACUGGGAAACGCGCAUACCUGUGGACACAGCUGCAAUACCACCCCGGACAUGGUUUUACCACAAUUUCUCCGUUCUUUUUGGCCUGGCGCUCUUGCCAUUAUUUUGGUGGGUCACAGUGUUCACAAUUUUUACCACCCUGUGGCAAAACAUAUUUGGUUGGUCGGCAAUAUCAUCGGCUGUACACAUGUUCCCGAUAGGCGUCGUAGCAUUCGUUAUGAGUUUCACCGGAUCGCUCUCUCGCGUUAUUAGUCCAAAAUGGAUUAUCCUCACUGGUCUGUCCUUUUGCAUGGUCGCGACCGUAUUGUUGGCGCUUGGCGGGGGGAAGCCUCAUGAUUAUUGGCCAUAUACAUUCCCGGCUUUUGCUGUAGGAAGCGCAGGGGCCAUGUUGACGUAUACGCACACAAACAUUGCCAUUUUUCAAGCCGCACCUCCGUCCAUGGCAGGCACAGUUGGUGCCAUCUUUAAUGGCGGUCUUCAAUUUGGAUCAGCAAUUGGCCUCGCUGGUGUCAGCUCGAUAGAGGCAUCCGUGGAGGUCACCCAUGGAGGCCCACAUGAGUAUCACGGACGAGCCGCGGCAUUUUGGUUCCUCUUGACAGUUGUCUUUAUUCAAUUCAUUUCAGUAUCGAUAUUUUAUGACCGCAAUAUGGAUCACAUACCUCAACCGGAACACGACAACCCCACAAAUCCUUCUCGACGCAGCACGCACUUUGAUGAAAAAAUCAACGAUGCGAACGCGACCAAGAUCGAAAAAGCUGACCUAGCGGAUCCGCCGGUGUAGCGGCCGAACUAGGUCCCGACUGUUUCUUUAGACGACCAUUUCGGUUGAUGACGCAUUUCUUUUUUAUUAUUUUCCUGUUAAGGGGUAGACGUGUUUUUAUUUCAUUAUUAGAGCCUGCAAGGCAGACCUCAUCGUACUGUAUUGUUUUGCUAUACCCGCUACCCAUCUGGCCAUGGGUAAUAUAUCAGUAGACUUUAUUUCACAUAUAUGAGGGAUAUACGAUUGGUGUAUCACACAGAGGAUUCGACGGGUUGACGAUGCUGUUGGACGAAAACGGGCGAAGCG